UAUCCCAGUCAACCAGUCUCUCGCCCUCCACCUCAAAGGGUCCUCCCAAAGCACCAAAGAAAAAACAAACCCCUGCUCGAAAUCUCCAUCCCUCUGCCUUGCCUCGCAGAACUCCGCAAAACCGCAAACCGCAAACCGCAUCGCCAACUGAGAGCCCAUCCCGCCAGCCCCCGAUGGUGAUUCGAGAUGCCGUCAAAGGAACGUGACGACGACGUCAAUGUCGACGACCGCAUGCGCGACAAAGCCCGCCGCUCAAAGUCGGAGCGCAAACCUGAUCGAGACCGCCCCCACCGCUCUUCGAAAUCCGCUCGCAGCUCCAGCGAUACGCAUUCCCUCACAUCCUCCGUCAGGCGGCACCGGAAGAGGGACGACAGAGACAGGGACCGAGAUAGAGAUCGAGACAGAGAUCGAGACAGAGACAGAGAUCGGGAGAGGGACCGCCUUCCUCAGCGCCCGGCCUCCAUGUCUGACUUGGGCGUCGAUGGCAUGUCCAAGCUGUCCAUAGACAAGGAUCGCAUCUCGCUGCCCUAUCCGUCCUUUGACAAGGCUCACAGCAAAGAGUCCAUCGUCAGCCGCGAUGACAUUGCGUCUACGUCUUCUCAGCCCAAGGCAUCCAAUCCCCUGACGCCUGAACCCACCGACGUUGGCGGUGGCAGCGGUGCAGCUGGUGGAGGAGGAGGUGGUGGUGGUGGAGGCAGUGGAGGUGGAGAUGAUCGUCGAUUAAGGCCUGAAGACGCUCUUCAUCGAUCUUCGUCCAAGAAGGCUUCUCGUCCGCCUACGCCUCCCGAAACAGAUGUCUCCGCCGCAAAGAAGCGUGCCGACGACCUGGACCGCGGCAACAAGUCAAGCAUCUCAAGAUCAGGCUCGCGCGCUACCGAGGAGAGAUCCUCCAAAGUUAGCCGCCGCUCAUCCACCAGCGCGGCAACCCUGAUACGCUCACCCAGCAACAAGAUUCACGACAAGCUCCGGUCCUCUGUGCUCUCACGCUCCUCAAGCUCCGCCUCACGCCACACAUCCAAGCGGUCUUCUUCCACUCGCAGCGUCAAGAAGAGCAAACCCGAGCCGCUGCAUGUCGACUCCUCUCCGUCCAGCGCCCAGGACUCAUCUCCCAAGACGCCCACCCAAGCUCACCAAUUCCCUCACCACCUCUACGGCGACUCGAAGCGAUCUCGUACUCCCGCCUCCGGCGUUGACGGCGACGACUAUGCAUCCACCAUUAACUCGGGCACCGCUACGCCCGCCAUGAAGGCGCCCACUCAUCCUCCGCCUCCCCCUCCUAUGCCUCCGCCGCCUCCCCCUCCCGCCGUCGACGUCCUCGAGAUACCCAGGGUAGACUACCUACUACAAAAUGGUGGCCUCUCGCAGCCGGUUACUAGACAUUUCUUAUCAGUCAUGCCUCUCGUCAACGGCACCCUAAGGCCCGCAAACUCCCUCCUCAGCGGCGCCGAGACACUCUUCACCCCGUUUGUCAGCCUCCUGGACCAGUAUCAAACAGUCCUUUCCAAGCAGGGAUCCGUUGCAGUGGCCACUGGCCAUCGGUCAGUCGCUCGCCGCUUGCUCGACCGGCUCGAAAACGUCUUCUCCCGAGAUCUGCCGCCUCACGGCUGCUCCUGCAUCAUAUGCGAGAAAUCCAACGAGCCUCACCGCGGCCUCAACUGGGGAGAUGUUCUAGAGUGGGUCAGCGGACGCAUUGAGCUCCCUUCAUGGCCGCCCUUUGACCUGGCAGACAUUGGUCACAAGGCAGCUGAGAUAUCGGGCGAAGCCCCGCCAAGGCCAGACUCGCCCAUCCAGCUGGAUCCCGACAUCGCGGAAGAGUUCAGGGAGCACUAUUUGCGCCAGUCCAAAAAGGUCAGGUCUGCAGUCGACAGGUGGCUCACCAGCACGGGUGAAACGCCUGUGCCUCCCCCCCAAGAUGUCGACGACGAGACGCUGAGUUUCGCCAUCCUGACCAACCUGGACGCCGAAGACCGCCCCUACUUCAACGCCCUCCUCGCCGGAUCAAAAGAGCUGAGACCAGCAACCCGCGCCCCUACUCCCCUCAACCGGCCGCGCAACGACUUUAUCGUCAAGACUGGUCUCUCACUGCAGCGGCUGUACCGCCUUCAGCAGGUUCCUCGAGAUGCGGAGAGCGCGACAUACCUCAUCAAGAAUCACCAUACCCACGACCUUCUCAUUACCUUGUCCAACAUUAACAGUCAGGAGUGGGAGAUUUUGACAUCGGGCCGGUUUGAUGGAUUCCUGUGGUCUGGCGCCGAUGAUGACUUCAACGGGGUAGAAUCAAGAGGCCCCACACCAUUCCGAGGCCCUUCGGCCAUGGGAUCCCGAACCAACACCCCCUUCUCGCCCUAUUCCCGCAACACCACGCCGGCAUCCUUCAUCAGCCUUUCGUCCACAGGUGGCGGGAGCCGACCCCCGGUUUCCAACGACGAAGAGAUGGAGAUGGCAGCCAUUGCCGAGAUUGAGCGUGAGAUUUACCAGGGUAUGGAGGCCUUGGAGGAUGCAUUCGAGAAGCUCCACCACCAAGCAGAGACGGUCCGAACUGCCCUGCGGCAGCGUGGGGCUGGCCUCAUGCAGAAUCUCCAGAGCCGACGACGCAUCGACGUGCUCUCGGUUCCCGGCUCGGGUAACUCGCAAAACUCGGGCUACGAGAGACCUUCGUGGGCUGGAAGCGAUGCUGAAAAUGCCAGUGACGACGAUUGGCAGAUGGAAGAGUACGAUCUAUACCCCGAUGACUCGGCCAGCAACAUUAGCAGCAGCCGGCAUAGGCGACCAAAGAGACGUGUUGAGCGUCGCACUCCGGCUCCCAUUGAAGAGGAAGAGGAGCAGUGAUGCGGAAAUACGCUACAUGGAUGUCAAAGUGUGAA